AACUUAUUUAGUCUUCUUGCUCUUAAAACGGUGAUAGUCUCAUCUCCGCAUCCAAACGGGCUGACCAAGUGUCACGUGACUUUGACCCUUUCUUGCCCCAAGUCAACUCUCAGAAGUCAGAAAGGUUCCGAUGAACUCAGGGGCUCCGAAAUUGGGGUUGCCGGAUCCGACCCGUGAGAGUUUCCGGGUCAUUGUUCAUCUUCUCAAAGUACACACACCUUCUUCACCUUAUGCUUUUGUUUUAUUCGGGAAAUAAGAACGUAGUCUAAUGGGAUUUCAAAUGGCGAGACGCUCAAAGCUUAGAUUUUUAAGACAAGGGUGGAGACAGUCACUUGUCUAAUUGAAGAUUUUGUUUUAUUGAUACGGUCCUUGUGCAGCACUAUGCAACAAGUGUCUAACUGGUUAUUGAAUCACUUGUGGAGACUGAUUGUUGACAUUUUAGAGAAUUUUCUAGUAUAUAGUAAUGAAGCAGAGGUAGGAAGUCGCAUAUUAAAGCACUGUAAUCAUAUGAAGGUUUAUGGGGAAGUUUCUCCAGAACUGGAGAAGCAGAUGUCUCAUGUUUGAUCUAAGAAAGGUCUCUGCUUUCCUUCGUGCUCUUUAACUGAUGAUGAUGGUUAUGAUGAUGAUGAAGGCAGCAAAAGAAUUGGUUUUGAGUUGAUAAAUUUUACAACCGCUUUAGGCAUAUUUUAGAAUUUAGUACAUGCUACUUGGUCCCCAAAUAGUAAGGAAAGAUUCUGAGAAUCCAAAAGCUUCAAGAGAUUUGGUGUACGAGGAUGAGAAAAAAAAAAAAGUGGGCGGGCAGACGUUCACCUACAUCUUGUGGUACAAAGAAUCAAUUUUUUUUUUCAAAAAAAAGAAGAAACUGUUUGUUGUUUAGUGGUUACACCAAAAUCAGUCUAAUACAGGUUAGACUAUCCUCCCUUAAACUCAACUGCAUAUAAAAGGUACCUCUGCUUACUCUUUUUCUCACAAGUCAGAAUCGAAAUGGAGCAAGUCUUGCUCCUCUGUGCGUUGUUGGUUUUUGUAGCUUCACUUGUUAAUGCUGAAGUUCACUUCCAUGAGUUCAUUAUCCAAGAGACGCCGGUGAAGAGGCUGUGCAGAGUUCGUAACUCCAUCACGGUAAACGGACAGUUUCCAGGGCCAACCUUGGAGGUCAGAAACGAUGACUCUCUAGUCAUCACAGCCAUUAACAAAGCUCAGUACAACAUCAGCCUCCACUGGCAUGGGAUACGGCAGAUGCGGAAUCCAUGGGCUGAUGGACCAGAAUUCAUAACACAAUGCCCAAUCAAACCAGGAGGGAGUUACACCUACAGAUUCAACAUCGAAGAACAAGAAGGUACCUUAUGGUGGCAUGCCCACAGCAGAUGGCUGAGAGCCACCGUGUAUGGAGCUCUCAUCAUCCGCCCUCCGCUCUCUUCUCCUCACUACCCUUUUCCAGUUAUUCCCAAGAGAGAGUUCACUCUCCUCUUAGGUGAGUGGUGGGACAGAAACCCCAUGGAUGUCCUGAACAUGGCUCAGUUCACAGGAGCUGCACCAAACGUGUCAGACGCCUUCACCAUCAACGGUCAGCCUGGUGAUUUCUACAGAUGCUCUAGCCAAGAAACUUUGAGAUAUCUGGUGGGCUCAGGAGAGACAGUCCUCCUCAGGGUCAUCAACUCUGGCUUAAACCAAGAGCUCUUCUUCGGUAUUGCGAAUCACAAACUGACGGUUGUUGCUGCGGAUGCCUCCUACACCAAACCUUUCUCCACCAAUGUCAUAAUGUUAGGUCCAGGUCAGACAACUGAUGUGCUUCUAACCGCAGACCAACCGCCAGCACACUACUACAUGGCCGCACACGCUUACAACAGCGCCAACGCUCCCUUUGACAACACCACCACCACCGCAAUCCUACAGUACAAAGACGCCCCCUGUGUUACUACUCAGGCACGUGCCAUCCCCGCGCAGCUGCCAGGAUUCAACGACACAGCAACAGCAGCAGCCUUCACAGCGCAGAUGAAGAGUCCUUCAAAAGUUGAAGUGCCCCUCGAGGUCGACGAGGACUUGUUUUUCACAGUGGGAUUAGGACUGUUCAACUGCACAACCCCCAACACGCAAAGAUGUCAAGGCCCCAACGGAACACGCUUCGCUGCCAGCAUCAACAACGUCUCUUUCGUCUUCCCCAGAAGCAACUCCAUCAUGCAAGCCUAUUACCAAGGCACUCCCGCAGGCGUUUUCACCACAGACUUCCCUCCUGUUCCUCCAACCACGUUUGACUACACAGGAAACGUGAGCAGAGGACUAUGGCAGCCCACACGUGGAACAAAGGCCUACAAGCUAAAGUACAAGUCCAAAGUGCAAGUCAUAUUGCAAGACACAAGCAUCGUGACCAUUGAGAAUCACCCGAUGCAUCUCCACGGGUACGAGUUCUAUGUAGUUGGGACAGGUAUUGGUAACUUCAACCCAAGCAAAGACACAUCCAGCUUCAACCUCAUUGAUCCACCGCGGAGAAACACUAUUGGAACACCUCCUGGUGGAUGGAUAGCUAUCAGAUUCGUGGCAGAUAACCCUGGAGUGUGGCUUAUGCACUGCCACAUAGAUUCGCAUAUAUUCUGGGGUCUGGCUAUGGUCUUUUUGGUUGAGAACGGUGAAGGGCAUUUGCAAUCUGUACAGUCUCCACCAUUGGACUUACCUCAGUGUUAAAAUACUCGAUAUAAACACACUCAUAGACUUGUAUAUCUUCUUCCUUUUCCAGCAUGAUUUGUUUAGUAUGACGGGAUUUUAUAGUUUAUAUAAAAAAAAAAAUUACAUAUA